AUGCAGCAGGCGAUUGUGGUAAAAUUUGGCUCUAAUGCUCUGACUUUUCGAGAGAACGGAUUGAGCAAGGUCUGCAUGAAGUUCUUCAUAGCUAUUGCCACCACAUACGAUGAUCGUACCAAGGUGGACAAGUUGUCCAAGGUAAUGAAUCGAGUCGAUGAUGGCACGACUAUCAUGCACCAUAAUCUUGAACUCGUGCUGUCUGACAUGGAGAAGAUAAAAGUUGUGAAGCAAAAGACCAAUGACUUAAGUGAUCAGUAG